AUGUUAGCGGAAGAUGCUACCAGACUCCAGAAGAUCGAUGAGUUGUACGCGCUCCGCCUUGACCAAUAUGUGUCCCUGCCCCAACUUGUCGUCGUGGGCGACCAAUCAAGUGGUAAAAGCUCCGUUCUCGAGGGCCUGACCAAUCUCCCAUUUCCACGAGACUCCGGUCUAUGUACUAGAUUUCCUACGCAGAUCGUGUUUAAGCGCUCGGUGACGGCGAAAAUAGAGGUCAGUAUCAUGGCCGUCCACGGCCAAGAGCAAUCCAAAUUAGAUGCCAUUGCGAGGUUUGGUAAGAUCCAACUGACAAACUUCGAUGAACACUCAUUCUCGGACUUAUUGGCCAAGGCAUCGGAAUGCAUGGGGCUUCCCUAUCCUGGAAAACAACGGGAUGACAAGAUGGAUUCCUUCUCUCACAACAUUCUCAAGUUUGAACUCUCUGGUCCGGAGUAUGAAAACUUUAGCGUUGUUGAUCUGCCCGGUCUCUUUCGAAAGCCCACUCCAGGUAAGACCAGCAAAGAAGACAUGGCUCUUGUUCGUCAAAUAGUCGCGGAAUAUCUAAGGAAUCCUCGGAGUAUUAUAUUAGCAGUUGUUCCUGCCAAUAUCGACAUUGCGACGCAGGAGAUAAUUCAGAUGGCCGAAGAUGCAGACCCGGAUGGUCAAAGAACACUAGGAGUACUUACAAAGCCAGACCUAGUAGACCGUGGUGCCGAAGAAAAGGUCAUAGAGCUAGUGAUGAACCAGUCUGGUAGCGCUCGUUUUGAGCUUGGCUACACCAUUGUAUGCAAUCGGAGCCAGAGCGACCUUGGUAUAACCAAUGACGAGCGCAACUCUCGCGAAUUCUCAUUCUUCAAGCGUGCACCUUGGAGCGCAAUCCCGGAGGAGCGAGCGGGCGUGAAAUCACUGAAAGAUAGAUUGAACAACCUCCUAGUUGAUGUUACAAGGCACAAUUUUCAGGCUGUGGCCGAAGAUGUACGGAUUAAGAUUCGCAACUUGGAACAAGAGUUAGAUGACAUGGGUCCAGGUCGUCACACACCUAAUGACCAACGUAAUCAUCUUAUUAGAAUUGCCACCGACGUCCGGGAAAUAACAUCGAGGGCGAUUGAUGCAUACUACGGUCGCGAUCCAUGUUUUGAGGACGACACAUUUCGUUUGGCAACAAACGUGAUGACAAUGAACAAGGCCUUUUCCGACACAAUCGCGCGCAAAGGAUACACGAGGAGGUUCCGUUCUGGAUCCAGUCAAAAUGCUACCACCAUAGAAGUUGAGCCUGAAGUUGAUGUUUCUUCCUCAGACGGUCUCGAUACGCCAGGGACUCCCGACAACGUUACGGUGAAUCAGCUUCUCAAAGAGUACCCAGAACUAAAGGCUGUUAUGAGUCCGCCCAUUCCAGCACCAGCAACGCCCAAACAGGAUAUCAUGCAAUGGAUAACGAAACAAUACGACAGGUCCAAGGGUUUUGAGAUAGGGACUUUGAAUCCUUCCCUCCUCCCGUCUCUGUUUUCAGAACAAUCCCAGAGCUGGAAAGCUUUUGCUAGCGGACAUGUGGAGAAUGUGGUGCAAACAAUUCACCAUUUCAACCACAAAGCGCUCCAGUACUGCUGUAAAGAUGCAGCACUAAGCAAGAAGUUAUGGGCUAGAUUAUCUCAGCUCCUGCUACCGAAAUACAAGAAAUCCCUGGACCAGGUCGACUUUCUAAUUGAGGUCGAGCAGCAUGGCAAUUUACUCACCAUGAAUCACUACUUCGCUGACAAUCUGCGCAAGGCUCGUGAAGAUCGAAUCAAGAAGCAGCUGGUCAAUCUUCAGUCAUGGACAACAACUGAUAAACAGCCGCUGCUGCGUCUCGAGGAUACCAUUACGACAUUCAUAAGUAAUGAAGGCCAAACUACACAGGAUUUGCAUGACACCUUAGAAGCGUAUUACAAGGUAUCUCGCAAAAGAUUCGUGGACGCCAUUUGCCUUCAGGCUGUGGACCACUUUCUCAUUAGUAGCAAAGAAGGGCCGUUGUGGCUGUUCUCGCCGCAAUUAAUUGGCAAGUUAACUGACUCCGAGCUGAGCAAGAUUGCUGGUGAAAGCCUUCAGACUGUUGCGCACAGAGCGCGGCUCACCGAGGAGAUCGCGAAUCUAAGGGAGGGCCAAAAGAUUCUUGAGGGGUAA